UGUGGUGUUUUCUUCGGUACUAAUUAUAUAUUCCUUUCGCGGUAUUCCGAGUUUUAAAUUGAUAAAAAAGAAAUGGAGGAUUUUCAGAAAAUAGAAAAGAUUGGGGAGGGUACUUAUGGAGUCGUGUAUAAAGGUCGAAAUAAAAUCACAGGACAAAUUGUUGCGAUGAAAAAGAUUCGCUUAGAAUCAGACGACGAAGGAAUACCGUCAACUGCUAUAAGAGAGAUAUCAUUAUUAAAAGAAUUAAAGCACCCGAAUAUUGUUUGUCUCGAAGAUGUGUUAAUGGAGGAAAAUCGGCUAUAUUUGAUUUUUGAGUUUCUCUCAAUGGAUUUAAAAAAAUAUAUGGAUUCAUUACCAUCGGAAAAGUCAAUGGAUAGUGAACUAGUUCGAAGCUAUUUGUAUCAAAUAACAAGUGCUAUUUUAUUUUGUCAUCGGCGAAGGGUCUUACAUCGUGAUCUAAAGCCACAAAAUUUACUUAUCGACAAAAACGGUAUAAUCAAAGUUGCAGACUUUGGUCUUGGACGUUCUUUUGGUAUACCCGUUCGAAUAUAUACUCAUGAAAUAGUCACUCUUUGGUAUAGAGCCCCUGAAGUACUGCUUGGAUCACCAAGAUAUUCAUGCCCAGUGGAUAUAUGGUCAAUUGGAUGUAUCUUUGCUGAGAUGGCUACUAGAAAACCAUUGUUUCAAGGAGAUUCGGAGAUUGAUCAGUUAUUUAGAAUGUUCAGAAUAUUAAGAACACCUACAGAGGAAAUAUGGCCAGGCGUUACAUCUCUACCGGAUUACAAAAAUACAUUUCCUUGUUGGUCAUCUAAUCAGUUAACAAAUCAACUUAAAAACCUUAGUAGCGAAGGUCUUGAUUUAAUUCAAAAAAUGUUAAUUUAUGAUCCCGUACAUCGUAUAUCAGCGAAAGAUGUUCUAGAACAUCCAUUCUUUGACGGAUUUGAUAUUAAGUUGAUAAACUAGUGCAACGUGUGCUCCUUGAAUUCAUUUUGAAUAAUAUUUAACAAAACAAAUUGAACUAAAUGAUAUUAUAUUGUAUUAAUAAAAUGAUACCAUAGUUAUGUGAAAUUAGGGAAAACGGAGAAAAAAAGC